UUAAAAGGUUGCUAAUUUUCCUUACAAUUCUAUAAUGAUUAAAUUUAUUGCAGAAAAUGGAAAUAGGAAAUAAGGUUUACCUAAAUAACAUUGACCAGAUAGAUGAAAAAUCGCAUAUCAAGGUUCGGGUGCUUAAAAUUUGGAACUUUGUCAGAAAUAAUAAAGUUUGUUCCAUUGAAAUGAUCAUCAUGGAUGAGGAGGGUACACAAUACCAAGCUCGUGUCUUCAAUCAGAAUUUCUCCAGAUUUCGUCAUCUUUUAAAGGAAGAUGAAAGUUAUAUAGUUAUAAAACCCAAUAUGGCUGCUGUUACUAAUGGUUUUAGUUAUACAGGUCAUAAACAGACCUUAACUUUGGAUUGGAAAAGCAUCCUAAAAAAAUGUGAUGAUUUCUCGGGUCCGGUCAAUGGAUUUAUGUUUGUUGACUUUAAUUCUAUCAUAGAACAAACAUGCCCAAAAGACACAUUCUUUGAUGUUAUUGGACAUAUCGUGUCAUUUAGGCCUCUUGAAACUUCAAAUCCAGUACCAUCCAAGCAUUAUAUAAAAGUCACUCUUAGCAACCUAGAUUCUGUACAUCUGAAGGUUACUAUUUUUGGAAGUCAAGCAUAUCAAAUUUCAGAAUACCUAAAAAAUAACCCGACUGUUAAUUUUGUUGUUAUCGUGAUGCAGUUUUUGAAGCUAAACAUUUGGAAUGGUCUUGGUGAAGCUAAAAGUCAUUUUGAAGUAACGAAAUUGUUCAUAAAUUCUGACAUUUAUGAAAUAAAUGAGUUUAAAAAUAAGUUGAAAUGUCAUGACAAUUUCGGUAUAACUGAAAAAAGCAUAACUACACUUCAAAGCUACUCUUCUUCAUAUACAGAUGACUUUAAGGGCAAUUUUCCAUUAAAAACAAUCUGUGAGAUCACCGAACCAAUUAAGGAAAUGAAGUUUUUAUUAGUUGCUUCCAUUGUUAAUAUAAGGCAGAAUCUACCAUGGUAUAUAAUUCCAAUUAACGUACAAGAUUGUACUGGAACCAUUGGAUUGACUCUUUUUGAUAGGGAAGCAAGGAGGUUGUUAAAUAUAAGUGCCUACGAGUUGAAAAAGAUACAUGAUGCGGCCGGAGACAGUGAUGCCCUAUUUCCAAUGCAACUUAAUGUGUUGAAAAACCGCAAGUUUGGUUUUGUUGUAGAUAUUACAGAAUACAAUGUCAACAACUAUAAUAACAUCUACACAGUUCUCAGAGUUACAGAAGAUAUGUCCAUUGUUUGUGAAUUGGAAAGUAAAAUAGAACUUAUGAGUAAUCAAUCUGUCGCCUUAAAUCAAGUUGCUUUGGAAUCCGAUGAUGUUGUACAGCCUGUUCAAAAGGAUGUGAUCUCACAAACAGACGAAAGUUUUACACCCUCAACAGUUGAUAAGUCAACCGCAACAAGUCCUUGCAAAAUAUCAGGUGAUUUGAAGCGCAACCUCCAAGAAAUUUAUGAUGUUGAUUCUGGAUAUGAUUUAAGUUCAACUAAGGCUAAAAGAAAGUCAACCGCAGAGGAAACUCCACUCUUGAUUCCAAAAAUUGAAAAGUGA